AUGGCAUACAAGCACCACCAGGAAGCCAAGACGAAAGGGGCGGAAAUCAACGCGGAUACGAUCAACAAGGUCGGAGACUUGUCUCGACUUCUUGCCUUCCAACCUCAGUACAAGGCUCUGCUGAGGGCGCGACCGGACGUUGCUCAGGGUGAGUUGGUGCGAGUUACGGAUUGGAAGUUGUUGACCCCGGACAACUAUGACCGCACCUGCUUCCACAUUGAGGUUGAUGUCAAAGGAACUGGCCUGGAACAUCUGGUCAAUGGCAGCAUGGGGAAAGCUCUGUCCGUCUAUGCGCUGAAUCCUGCAGACAAGGUAACCGAGUUCCUGACGAAAAUGAAGCUUGAUCCUGAUGAGACGGUGUCGGUGGAAGACAUCGCUCCACAAUCUGAAGAGGGGACCGUUGUGGUGACGACGGUGUACAAGCUCUUCUCUCAGUACUUGGAUUUGUUCGGAAAGCCGAGCCGCGAGUUCUUGAAGAAACUGUUCCCCUUUGCACAGGAUAUCAUGGAGAAGGUUGCCAUUGCAGAACUGACGCUGGAAAGGAAGACCGAAGAUUUUUUGGAUCGCCAAGCGCGUGCUUACACUUAUGCCGAUUACAUCCUCGAGUAUCCGUCGCUCAAGAUUCCGGUGGAGAAGUAUGUCGAGCUGCUGCCGACCAUUAAGCAGCGCGUGUACUCGAUUUGCUCCUCCAGUGACUUCCGGCCCGGCAAAUGCCAACUACUGGUUGUUCGCGAAGACUGGCAAGCGAAAGGUGGUGAUACCAAGUUUGGCUUGUGCUCCAGCUUCAUGACCUUCCUCAGGCCUGGAGCCAUUUGCAUUGCGCAUGCGACCCACUCUGUGAUGCAGAUCCCUGAGGAUAAGUCUGCUCCGAUCUUCAUGGCUGGCUUGGGGACGGGCCUCGCGCCUUUCCGAGCCUACAUCGAGCAGCGCAAGCACGAGAAGUCACAAGGGGCCCGAGUGGGUCCCAUGACUUUGUUCUUCGGUGGCCGGCACAAGAAGGCCGAGUUCUACUACCAAGAUGAGAUGGAGGCUUACGAGAAGGAGGGCCUUGUAAAAUGUUGCAACGCCUGGUCCCGUGACCAGAAGGAAAAGGUGUACGUCCAGCACAAAAUCAUGGAGGAAGCGGCUAACAUUUGGCAGCACCUUGGCAGGGAAGGCUCCAAUGGAUACUUCUUCCUGUGUGGGUCGAAGCAGCCCGAGAAGGACGUUUUUGCCGCACUUGUGAAGAUCAUGGAGACGAAAGGAGGUCUCACGAACGAGCAGGCCCACAAGAAGAUGGAGAGCCUACAGCUUGCUGGCCGGUAUGUCACGGAAGUCUACUGA